UGGCUUAAACUCUCUUUAGCAUAACCAAUACCAAUGGAAGUCCUCACCAAUUCUCUGGGUUUCCCCAUAAUGCAUACGAUCUAGAUAAGUUCUAUAACGCAACACACCGCGGCACUGCAGGUCCAUGCCUCCUUGGCUUUGAUGACUGUCGACAUCAACAAAGAACUACCACUUGAACUGAAUUGGUUUGGAACUUUGGUUGACUAUCCGUUUCUUCCAUAUAAAAGGCAUCUGCUCAUUCAUUCGUUGCGCAUCACAGCUCACAAUGUCUCUUCUUCUGCGCUCUUCCCUUGUCCUCGUGCAAGCAUUCUGCAACCAUAUCGCAUGCACUCCACCUAAUAGGACGCCAUCAAAAUGGCGCUAUCACACUGAAGAGGCGUCCGUUUUGCAAAUAGCUCCAUUGAUCUUCAAGAUCCACACAAUCCUUCUAUGGCUGAGCGCUGUAUAUGAAGUACUUUCGACAUUCAACUAUUUUUUGGGAUCGCUGUUAUCGACGCAGCUGUCAACCCAAAUCGACGGGGCAUUCUGUACCGCACAUCGGGCGCAACAUUUUGUCACUCCCGUUUUCUUUCUCGGAGUUAUGAUGGCUGUUCUCGGGAUGUUCAUCCGCGUGCGCUGUUUCCAAGAGCUCGGGCAGAUGUUUACCUUUGAUCUCACCAUACACCCUGAGCACAAGCUCGUAACAUCUGGGUUUUAUAAAUAUGUCCGCCACCCAGCGUAUACAGGCUCCUUGUUCCUGAUUGCUGGUAUCGCCCUCUCGCAUUUAACUCCUGGGAGCUGGGCAAACAGAUGUGGCAUCCUCGAACCUGCCAGCUCUGCAUUGUUAGGUGCCACGUGGUGGGCCUGGACGCUGACGGUAGGCGUGAGCCGCGCGUACGCAGAGGAUGAUAAGCUUCGUAAAAUAUUCGGAUCAGAGUGGGAUGCAUAUGCUGCGGAAGUGAAGUUCUGGUUUGUGCCGGGGUUGUUGUAAGCUGGUAGCGUGUAUCGUCACCUUGAAGCCUGUUCCCCUUCUCUAUCUUGUCACUACUAGACGAUCAA